GUAAAAUUUGUUUUUAGAAAAAUAAAAAAGAAUUUUUUUUGUCCUAAAUGGAUAUCUGGACAAUAUACCUGGUUUUGGAUUUAAAAGGAAUACAAGAACUAAUAAAUUUUAUUAAUGCAGUUCAUAACAAGACACAAAACACAAAUUACGGUAAUAUCCAAAUCAGACAUAAUGCAGUUGUUUUCUCACCAUCCUUUUUAAAGCAAAAUGACAUAGGCGAAAUUAACAUUCCAAAUGAUUUUUUUGUUUGGGUCAAUGAUAAGGAAAUUAUAUCUGUUGCACAAAACCUGACUCAACUUAUGUCAGUUGGAUCACCUGAUUCCAUAUCUGAAGACUCUGAUGAGUUCAUUGGUGAUUGUAUAAACCAUCUUGCUGAUCAAAUUCCAUUUCCUGGCAGCUGUUUUGUAGAGCUUUAUUUAAUAGCAAGUAAACUUAAUAAUGAAAGUUUUCCAUUAUAUGUUUUAUCAUCUCUGAAGCGGUUAGAAAUUUGGAAUCAUGCAUGUUUCUAUAUUUUAUCAAAUCUUCAACAAAAAGAAGAGGAAAGAUUCAGACAUUGGCUUGAUCACAUUGAUUUUCAUUAUAUUAAUGAAGCUGAAAUGAUCUCUAUUCAUUUGAGGCACCUGGUAUGGCAAGGAAACAUCAGUGUUAAGUUAAAACAGAAUACUAUGAAUGUUGAAUUAGGGUAUUAUUACAUAAAAGGAUUGGAAGAUACUAUAUUCAAGAAUGAAAACAUCUUUAUGGACAAUUCUCAGGAAGACCAGCAACUGCUUCUUGAUACAUGUUUACAUCUGGUUAUGUUGAUUGAACAAUGUGAUAUCCCAUUUCAUUAUGUGAUACCUGAAAAAUUUCAUUUAUGCAAUGUUGGCUCUACAAAAGAUCCCAUUGAUUUACUUACACCUAAGGGAUGUUGGUGGAUAGGAAUACUAAAAUACGAUUAUGUUGGAAAAAACAAAGUCAAAACAACACAUGACUGGGAACAGUUUUUGCUUCAAGAUUUCACUCAGUAUCUAGCAUGUGAACCUAUGAAACUUUCCAAGCAUGCAGUAGUAUUGAUAACUCACGAAUCAAACAGUUCAAUUUUAUACUUCUUGCAUCAAAAACAUGCUAUCAACUCUGAAGGGUAUUUAGAGCUGCUUAAUAUGAGCCAAGAAAAUAUCCCAUUUAGUUUCAAUAAUGCAGAUGAAUGGUGUGAAAAACUUUCAUGGGAUGCUGAAGAAAACAUUUCCAAAGUAUCAAGAUCAAUCUCUCGUUGUAAAUCUGAUGAUUUCUUUAUGAAUGGAGUUGCAAUAUCUGUACCUGAUACAUUAAAGCAAGGAGUAAAAAGGAAUGCUGUUGUUGAAUUACUAGAGAUGUUUGAUGAAAAUGGAAAUUUAAAGAAAUCAUGUAAACUGCAGUCUAUACCAGUAAUUUCAGAUUGCUUGUUAAAAAAUAUAAAAUCAGAAGACUAUGUAAAAGGACUCUCUUUCGAUGAAGCAAAACAUUUAAUUGCGCACGGGAUAGAGUAUUGUUUAGACACAUUUAGUUCCAUACGUCUUGAUAGCAGGCUGACUAAAGUACAGAAACGAUAUGUUCCUGAUGAUACUAUUAAUUUAAGUUCUUUUAUUCCAACAAAGUUAUCGUCAUCAUCAGAUAAAACAGUUGACAAAGAUGAGCAGUUUACUAGUUUAAAGACUGUAACAAAUUUUUGCAAUGAAAAAGGUAAAGAAACUCGAUCUCAGCGCCAUAAAAGGCGUUUGAAAAUUCUUGUGGAAGGUGUUGUUCAAAAGUACGGUCAUAUGUCUAAAGAUCACAAAAAGUACACCUUGUGUUGUAAAACUUUGUUUCAGGAGACGCUUAACGAAGUAAAGAAUUUAAAGUCAUCAAAAGGGCUGAAUGAGCAAAUGAAACAAAUUGCGAAAAAUCUACUUGAUCAGAUAUUAGUCAGAGAAGGAUGCAAAAACGACAAAACGUAAUGUAAAAAUGAUGAUACGCUGUGUAAAGAUUGAUAGGUAUCAAUAAACGUUGAUAAAUUUCUCUCUAUCGUGGUGAGGAUUAAAUUGCUGACUUGUAUAAAUAUAUCAAAUAAAUCAAUAGCGUGAAUAGUACCCAAUAAACACGCACGCACAUAUACUAUAUAUACAAAUGAUACACAUGUUUAUCAAUAUUUAAUUUUGUUCGUGUGUGUGUGUGUGUGUAUUUAAACAAGAACCUUACUAGAAGUAUUCUUUUUUGUUAUAUUUUAGUUGUAAUUCUUGUCUUUUAUGAAAAAUAUGUCGCCUAAUUUUUUCUAU